AUGGAACGAGCAAACCAGUCUGUGGUGUCUGAAUUCAUUAUUCUUGGCUUAUGUGAAUCCUGGGAGCUCCAGGCCUUCCUCCUUUUAAUAUUUUCUUCACUUUAUCUAACCACAAUUUUAGGAAAUAUCUUUAUCGUGAUCGUAAUCAUUAUUGACUUUCAUCUCCAUUCUCCAAUGUACUUUCUGUUAGCCAAUCUCUCAUUCAUUGACUUCUGUCUUUCCUCAGUCACUACUCCAAAAAUGAUCACAGACUUUCUCAAGGAAAACAAGACAAUCUCCUUUGGAGGAUGCAUGUGUCAGAUUUUCUUUGGACACUUCUUUGGAGGGGGUGAGAUGGUACUGCUCGUGUCAAUGGCAUAUGAUCGUUACGUAGCUAUUUGCAAGCCUCUCCAUUACACCAGUGUCAUGAACAGACACAUGUGUAUUGGAUUAGUAAUUACAUCAUGGGUUAUUGGCUUUGUUCAUUCAAUAAGCCAACUACUUAUUAUUGUUAAGCUUCCCUUCUGUGGACCAAGGGAGUUGGAUAGCUUUUUCUGUGAUAUCCCAUUAGUGAUCAAGCUGGCCUGCAUGGAUACCUAUAUUCUAGAAAUGCUGAUAAAUGCAGACAGUGGGGUACUGGCAACCAUAUGCUUCAUUCUGCUCCUGAUCUCUUACUCUCAUAUUCUUUUUACUGUCACUCUUCAGUCAAAGGACGGGGCAUCCAAGGCUCUCUCCACCUGUACUGCCCACAUCACUGUGGUGGUAUUAUUCUUUGGACCCUGUAUCUUCAUUUAUCUAUGGCCAGUCAACAUCACAUGGGUGGACAAGUUCCUUGCUGUAUUCUAUGCAGUUAUAACACCUCUCCUAAAUCCAGCCAUUUACACUCUAAGAAACAAAGAAAUUAAAAAUGCCAUGAAGAGACUGCAGUAUUGGCAUAUUAAUUUCAACAUGUAG